AUUAGAGGGAUCCCCGGCGGGGGAGGGGGGGUGGUGUGUAUGUGUGUAAGUGGGAACCCUUUGAAAAAGAAAGAAGCCAAACCCUCCUGGAGCUGCUACUUAACCUCUACCGACUGUCUUUCACAGGAACCAUGUUGUCCUGCCAGGAGGGAGAAGAUGUUUUGGAAUCAGUCAACUUAAGCUGAUUGUUGGACAGGUAGAAGUCGACACAGCGCGAACUUCAGAAUGAGCGAAGAGGCAUGCAGGACACGAAGUCAGAAACGAGCACUUGAGCGAGAAACCUCCCCAAACGAUGCAGAUAGCAAAAAAUUAAAAAUGGAGAAAGGAUUAUUGGGAUCAGAUGUACAGAUUGAAGCAGACGUUGCGAUGAACUCCGAGCCGGAUGCAGGCAAAGUGCAAGGAUUACUCAAAAGAGGAGAAGUGAAAGCGACCAUCAAAGUUGAAGUCCAGACGGGAGAUGAACCAGUCGACAUGAGUACCUCAAAGAGUGAUGUAAGGCCUGAAAAGAGAGUUCCCUCACCUGAUGUUAUAGUUUUAUCGGACAAUGAGCCUUCGAGCCCUAGAGUGAAUGGUUUAACGCAAAUAGCAUUAAAUGAGACCAAUACCGAGGCACUCAUGAAAAGCAGUCCUGAAGAACGAGAGAGAAUGAUUAAACAGCUAAAAGAAGAGUUAAGAUUAGAAGAAGCAAAACUUGUUUUAUUGAAAAAACUAAGGCAGAGUCAAAUACAAAAAGAGACCACUACUCAGAAGCCUGCUGGCUCUUCUGGGAGUGCAGUGGCCACCCCUCCCCCACUGGUGCGGGGAACCCAAAACAUUCCUGCCGGCAAGCCGUCCCUUCAGACUUCUACCCGAAUUCCGGGAAAUGUUAUCCCCCCUCCACUGGUCCGUGGUGGACAACAGGCAUCUUCAAAGUUGGGGUCUCAACAGACCGCACAGAUCGUUAUGCCGCCUCUUGUCAGAGGGGCACAGCAAAUCCACACUAUCCGACAGCAUUCCAGCACGGGGCCACCUCCGCUACUUCUUGCGCCGCGGGCUUCUGUCCCCAGUGUCCAGAUUCAGGGGCAGAGAAUUAUCCAACAGGGGCUGAUCCGCGUUGCCAACGUCCCCAAUGCUAGCCUGCUUGUCAAUAUCCCACAGGCCUCACCAACCUCAAUUAAAGGUACAACUGUAGCAUCUGCUCAGGCCAGUGCGGCUACCACCACCAGCGUGGCCUCCAUCGUGAACUCCAAUGACUCGCCAGCCAGCCGGCAAGCUGCAGCAAAACUUGCACUGCGCAAACAGCUCGAGAAGACCCUGCUAGAGAUUCCUCCACCCAAGCCACCUGCCCCAGAGAUGAAUUUUCUGCCCAGCGCUGCCAAUAACGAAUUCAUCUACCUGGUUGGAUUGGAAGAAGUGGUCCAAAACCUACUGGAAACUCAAGGCAAAGUUUCAACCACCGCUUUAUCCCACGAGCCCUACAUGUGUGCUCAGUGCAAGACCGAUUUCACCUGCCGCUGGAGAGAAGAAAAGAAUGGAAGCAUUAUGUGUGAAAACUGUAUGACAUCAAACCAGAAGAAGGCGCUGAAGGCGGAACAUACCAAUCGCCUGAAGGCAGCCUUCGUGAAGGCCCUGCAGCAAGAGCAGGAGAUCGAGCAGCGGAUACUGCAGCAGACCUCAUCUCCCGUGCAGGCUAAGCCAGAACCGAUCACCCAGCACCAUUCACUGAAGCAGGUCAUAAAACCACGGCGUAAAUUGGCGUUCCGCUCAGGAGAGGCCCGCGACUGGACUAAUGGGGCUAUGCUGCAGACUUCUAGCCAGCUGUCGCGCGGCCCCUCAGGUUCCCCCAGAGGAGUCUUGCAUGCAUUUAGCCAGUCGCCUAAGCUGCAGAAUGCAGCAGCUGCUGCAGCCCUCAUUAGCAGGCCAGGUAAGCAUGUGGAGAGACCUGUCAGCAAGGGCACCACCAACUGGAAGAAGACUCCCAUCAGUACAGGUGGGGCUUUAGCUUUUGUCAACCCUAGUUUAGCAGUGCACAAGACUUCUUCGGCAGUAGAGCGCCAGCGUGAAUAUCUCCUGGACAUGAUCCCGCCCCGAUCCAUCCCUCAAUCUGCCACAUGGAAGUAAUGCAACGAGAUGCCCUUUUUAUGCCACAGCACAGUGGGACCUGCUUUCACCUAUCAGCCAGAUGUGCUUUCCCCCCCUCAUUUUGAAGGAAGGAAGAUGACCAAUUUUCAACUCAGCAUGUGCUCCCAUUCUGGUUCUAAGCGACAGCGGGCUUGUGGAAUCAAGACUUUUUGAUACUUGGACUAUAAACUUAUUGUGACGGACUGGUGGUGAAGGCUGUUGAAGGGUGG